CCUCGCCCUCUGGCCACGCCUCUCUGGCCACUGGCCGGGCCCUCCAGCUUCCAGGCCAUGGCGACUGCAGCGGCUCCCUGGGCUCCCGGCUUGUGGCGGGCCUGCAACGCGCUCAUGGCAGCCUUCUUCGGCCUGGCCGCCGUAGUGCAGGUGAACGAUCCAGAUGCAGAGUUCUGGGUGGUGGUGUACACGAUCCCUGCAGUACUUACCCUGCUUGUUGGGGUUAAUCCUCUCGUCACAGGCAAUUUCAUCUGGAAGAGUGUGUCUACGAUACAUGUGCUGUUCUGUGUGCUGUGGGCUGGAGGCUUGGCAUACCACUUCUUGCUUCAUGCACAGCAGAACAUCCUAAACGAGGAAGAAGGCAGGGAGCUGUCUGGCCUGGUGAUCAUCACAGCAUGGAUGGCACUGUGUCACAGUUCAGCAAAGAAUCCAGUUGGUGGAAGAACGCACUUGGCUAUUGCCAUUGUGAUCACUCUUUUCCCACUCAUUUCAUGGGUCUAUGUAUACAUAAACAAGGAGAUGCGCUCCUCCUGGCCAACUCACUGCAAGACAGUCAUUUAGAUGAAUUCAAUGUUUAAAUUAGUAUUUUAAUAUUUUAUGCACACUAAUGUAUAAAUAAGCCAGGAAAGAGGACAGUUUCCUGGUUUACUUCAAGAAAUCUGAGUGAAUAUUAGAGAUGAUUUAAGAUCUUGAGAAUUUAACAAGGUACCUACAGCAUGCUGGAAGAUUGAACAGGAUAGAUAAGAAGUGGGGUCUGAUUCUUCAGAGGCCUCUUCUUGGACAGCAGGGGAACAAGCACUGAGCAGAAAUCUGAGUUUGAAUUCAGCUUUCGCACUAUGUAACGGAGGCUGAACCAUAAUGUCCUGGUGGAUAUUUCCUUCUAAUAAAGUAGGAUAUCAGAGCUCCUUGGUCACCGCAACCAAACUGAUGUGAAGGCACUCUGAGACAAAACAGGAUUACAAAGGGUUGUAUGUGAUUGGAGUGAGAGAGAGGCAGAGGUUGGGUAAUAUGCUGACACAGAGGUAACUCAAGACUGCAAUUCCAAACUAAUCCCAGUAUACUUACCUGGUUCAGUGACAUGAACCAAGGAAAGCUCUAGAACAGGUGAGCCAAAUGAUAGAUAGGCUUGUC